AUGGCUUUCUUCCAGGCAGCGCAGAAGCGCCUUGGCCUUCUCAUCUCGUCGGAUGAGUUGAUAGCGCCGCAAUGCCUCUUUCUCGCCGGCGUGUUCAUGAUGUGUCUUCCAUUUCUAGCCCCGGAGAAUCAGGAGAAAUAUCACGGCAUCUCAGACGGGAGUCAUCCUCGGGAUCACGCCAUUGACACCCUUCAGCAGGCCGUCUACUGGUCGGCCUGGAAGUCGGAAAGGGAGGUCCGCAGUACCAAUUACAUGCCUGACUUCGUCAACGAUAUGAGCACCAACAUUUACCCGCCAUUCUUCCCCACACCGCCAGCACCAAGGACGGAGCUUGACACAUCGGCAGACCCCCCGCCCGCCGGCAUGAUGGAACUGCAGGCCCAGCACAAGGAUCAGCAAUCAUUCCUUGAAGCCAUGGCAGCCGUUGUGCCGGAACACGAGGCGCAAGUCAACUUCUUUGCGUCAACCUCAUCUAGCAUCGCCCACUACGCCGAACGAUCCCUCCAUUAUCAUCUCGUGCGAUUGACGUUGAACAAGCCUGGCUCUGGUGCUGCUGGCGCUUCCAUCAAGUGUGAGACAACGAGGGCGCAAGGCACCGAUCGUGGAGGCACUACUGUGACCCUGCCACAGGGCUGGCAGGAGGGAAUCGAUGACAUUGUCAACCUCAUUGACUACUGGGGCAAUGAGUCGAGGGACUUCGGCAAGAUCCGAACGGUACUGAACCAAGGCCGAAUGCCUGCUAACGGCUCGGCCUCCUGGACUUAUGCUCCGCAUACAUACACGUAG